UGGCGCUGGAGCACGGGCAGGCACACGGCGCGAGCUUGCAGCCGCGCUUCACACAGAGGCCCGAGCGGUGGCGCGCACACACACGGUGCGGUCCGUCGUCUGGUGCUGCUCGCAAACGGUGCGUUCCCGGUCGCUCGGGGACACUCGCUUCAUUUUCGUUCCGGCGUUCGAGCGUGCAGCACACGCGUGGUCGCAUGCAGUAUCACCCAGGAUUGCACGGUCGUUCAGCAAGACAUACAGUGGAGAGAGAUAGUGUUAAACACCGCUUGAUGUACAACACAAGACAUUAAAUAAUAGUGCCAGUGAACGGUGCAGUGUGUGUGUGUGUGGUCGAUAAAAGAAGAAAAAAAAGAAUAAUCCUUACGGACGGAAAGCGAGCGCGAAAGGUGUUCCAUCAAUUAAUUAUCCUUCCCGUCGCAGUGAAGUGAACGCAGUCUGCCAAAAUCAAAAAUAAAGGAAUAAGAUGGUGUGAAACAGCACAGAAACCAGAUCAGUGGCAGCGUAACAUAAAGAUAAACAUAGUUCGUUGGAGGGCACCGACGACUUAAAGUUGCUGUAGUGCGGGGUGAACUCGAACCAAGAAGGAACAACGGUCGCGUGUCAAUUUGGUGUCGCUCUUACACUUCCCCGCUCGUACGCUCGUUCGCACGUGCCAACGAAACCAGUAAGUGCGAUUGGUGUGCUAGUGUACUCUUUACUUCGUACAGUGGCCAGCCCAAGCACGGUGUUGUCCUAGGAGCUUCCUAACGGCCAACAGUAGAGCCACCAUUCCAACAAAGUCGUGUGUGUGUGUGUGUGCGUUUGGAGUGACUUUUAAAGUAGCUCCGUCCCUUCCAGUGCGGCCUGCACCUACUUUGCGCGGGGCAAGGUCGUCGACGGCAUUUCGAUCGACGGCGACAGAAACGAGUUUUCCGCUACCUGUGGUUACGCGUGCCUGUAGUGUGCUUUGUGUGUGUGUGUGUGCGUUCCUAAAAAAAGUGCAACGUGCAGCAAAUUGCCCGAGCCUGCCCGAGCACAACCCGCUGCGAGAAAAGAAAGGCCAAGAAAGAAAGCCCACGUGUGUAACGCUGCGUAACGUCGUCACCCCUAGUAACACAUCGCGCUCGCGCUCCUAAGUAACGCAGUGUAGUGUUUCGCCGUUGUGCGCGUGCAUCGGAAAGUGAGUGUGAAUUUAGAGCGUGAACUAGAUAACGAGUGCGUAACGUGUGUUCGUGUGUCUUUGUGCAGCAACAAAAAAAAAAAGGAAAAGGAAAAAAGAAAGCGAAAUCUGCAUUUUCCACUCCUCGCAACACUGUGGUGACAAUCGGUGCUCUCAUUCACCGUGUGUGUGUCUGUGUGCAAGUGUGUGUGUGACAAUUGUUAGUGAACGUAGCACAAACCUUACAGUGCUGUCAAAGCGGCUCCCUUUGGAGUUGGAGUGUGUACCCCCGGUCUGUUCGUUCGUUUCGUGCGCUCCUCUGAUCUCACCAUGACCCUGCCAACGAACAGUACGUCCACCGUGGCCGAGGACGACUCGGACAUGUUUGGGCCGCCCCACUCGUCGCCGCCGAUCCGCCGCAACCGGCCGAAGGUGCCGAUGAUCUCGCCCCAGCUGAAGCAGCGCGAGGUGCGCAAGCGGAUACUGCAGCUGUGCGUGCACAAGCUGGAGCGCAUCAAGGACUCGGAGCGCAAUCUGCGCCGCUCGGUGUGCAUCAACAACACCUACUCGCGCCUCACCGACGACAUACGGCGCGAGAAGCAGCACAAGCUGCUGAUGCUCUCCAAUCUCGCCAAAUCCACCGACAGCAGCAGAAAGCAGCUCGACGAGGACGACGUGUCGUCGGAGGACUGCAUCAACAACAACAACAACAUUACCAAUGCCAACAACAACAACAACAACAACAGCAGCAGCAACAACAACACCAAUGGCAGCCAUCUGCAUCAUCACCACCAUCACCAUCACCACCACCAUCACCAUCGCCACCAUCACGACGAGCUCGGCGAGUUCGUGCACAACAAUGAAAACAUGAACAACAACUGCCAGCUGCAGCACAACCACAACCUCGCCUCGCAGCACCACCACAACCACCUCAGCCACCACCAGCACCUGCAGGCCCUGCACCAGCGGUUGGCCCAGUCGCCAAUCAUGUCCAAUGGUUCCACCACCACCACCGCCGCCGCCGCCGCGCCGGAAUCGAACGGCGGUUCGGACAGCGCGGCCGACCGGCCACCGUCCAGCCCGGUCAGCCAGCGCAAGCCGGCGGCCGCCUCGUCGGUCGAGGCCGAUCUCGAGACGCUCGACCGGGAGCUGUGCGCGCUGGACGCGGCCAUGCCGCUGGUCGACCCGGAGAUCACGCAGGGCGCGGAGCAGCUCGAGCAGGCGAUGGUGUCGCGCAAGCGCAAGUUCGCCUCGAUCGACGACGACGACAGCGACCGGCUGGUGCGGGAAGCCCUGUCCCAGAUCUACUUCCCGAGCGCCGGCCGGCUGCUGACCGGCAUCGACGACUGUCCGCCGGCGACCGAGGAGCGCCGGGUGGAGGACGAGCAGCAGCAGCAGCGCACCAACGCUGGCGACGCUGCAGCAGUGGCCGCCGCCGACUGUAUCUCACCGAAACGACCAAAGAUUGGCGACCUGCUCGAGCAGCACCAAAGUCAGCAGCAGCAGCAGCAGUUGCACUCCUUCUCCCACCCGUUCCUGCACCCGUUCCAUCCGCUGCCGGAUCUGGCCGGGUUCGACUACCAGGUGCACCAUCACCACCAGAAGGAGUUCGAGGUGAUCAUGGACGCGCUCCGGCUGGGCGUCAGCAAUGGCGGGGCGAUGGCGGCGGCGGCCGUCGUCGCCGCGACGUCGGCGGCUGGGGCGGCGGCGGCCGCAGCGGCAGCGGCAGCGGCGGCCGCGGCCGCCACCGGCAACGCAACCGGCACGGCGAUGAUGGGCUGCUGCGGUGUUGUGGCCGGCAGUGCCGCCGGCAGUGGGAACGGCCCGUCCGCCAGCGUCGGCCCCGCCUCCUGCCAGGGGACGGUAGUGGGCGGUGGCGGGGUCGGCGUCGGAGCGGGCGGUGCCGUCGAUUCCUGCGGCCAGGCGGCCAUGCUGAUGGGCGGCCCGGACGGCGGGGCCAGCGUGUUCCACAAUCUCGUCGUUACGUCGCUGGAAACUUGAAAGUAGGCCACCAUCGGCCGUGAAGUCGGCGGCGUCGUCGUCGCCGUGGAUGCUCUGGUUGCCUAUGUGUGUGUGUGUGUGAGGGCUUACUUCAGUGGUUAGUGGUGUGGCCACUAUCGUCCUCUCACCUUCUCACACUCCCGUCUACUCCAUUCAGCGCGAUAAACACGCGAACGUAAUUCUUAAUUUAUUUACCCUCCCCCAAAACUGCGCGCACGCUCUCUCUCUCUCUGUCUCUCUCUCGGAACGGGAAAUUGAUUUCACUUUUGCGCUUCCCCUCACUUCCUCCUCCAGCUGCUAGGUAGCGCAAUGAUAAGCGCCAAGAGGAGGUGACGCGCGCAAAAGAUGGAAAGAAGGAUAGACAGACAGCGUGGUUGCGGCAGUGGGCAGACUACGAAACAAAGCAAAAAAGUAAGGAGAGUUUAGUGGCCACCGUAAUGGUACCCACACAUACACACACACACAUACCCAGGCACGAAGCGACGGCGACCGUCGCUUAUUAGACCAAUUUUUAUUAUUAUUAAUAUUAUUAUUAUAAAUAUUAUUAUUAUUAUUAUUAUUAUUAUUAUUAUUAUUAUUAUUAUUAUUAUUAUUGUUUAGCGCCAAGUUUAGCAAAGUUUUUUUGUUUUGUUUAGGAAAGCCCCCCCCCCUUUUUUAAACCAUUUAAUUAGCUUCCUACCACCAAAACGAUCAUUCAUGACCGCAUCCUCUCCUUUUCCUCCUACUCGACCGUUCUUCAUGGCCUAGAGAGAGAGAGAGAGAUAGGGAGAAAGAGCGUACAAAACGAAAGCUUUCUUGCCAGGGCAGGAAGGCUUUGUUGGGACUAGCUUUGUUUGAAAUUGUAUUUAUGCGCUGUCUGAUUUUUGUCCUAAUUUUAGUAUGAAUUCGAUUUCAUUCAACAAUCUCCUCCACUUUAUCACCUUCAAAGUCCUCCCCCCCCCCCACUGUAAAAAAUUCCCGGGUUUGCUGUGACAAACAAACCGAAAACACACACAGCUUGUGAAGCCUAUCAUCCACACGAGGAUGUGUGUUUACGCGGCGUUGGAUUCGCGUAAGCUUUAGGGCGCAAAAAACGACGGCUACUAAUGCGCAGCAAUGUGUUGUGACGUGUGCAAUCGCAGUAGGCAACAGAAACACACAAACACACACACACACACUACUUUAACGCGUGUGUUGCUGUUGAUCUCUCUCAUGCAAAACAGCAGGCAAUCAAAUUAUGUGCAAAUAUUUACUAAUGUGCAAACAAAGAGACACAGCACAGCAAGGAGCUCCCAAGUAAAAAAAAGGGCUCCAACAAGCUCUGGUAGAAGUUUUCUGACCCGAUUUUUCGCUCCUCCGCCACUUCACGGAUGCCUCCUCUCCUCCUAGUCCAUUACGCCUCUUCCCAAACACACACACACACACACACACACACAGUGGAACACACAGUGCUGGAAUUCGUUUCCGGCAGAUCUUCUUCAUAAAGGCCGUCCACAAACGGCCAGCCAAGACUAAAGCAGCCGCACAUGUUUCCCCUUCCAUGGCUGUUUCUUUCCCUUACCUUCCCCCUCCCUUUUUUUUUUGAGAUCGUCUAACGGUCAUCACGCAACAACGGCUUGGCGGCGCGCGCGCGCUCAGGUGCCGCGCGCUGUGCACUGGUAGGUGGUAUGAGGCCAAAGUGAGACAUAAAAUAAGUGAAAGUGGCACCUCGGUGAACGCUGGUACGGCGGUGGUGGUAGACACACACACACACCCAUAGACACAGCAGAGCAGAAGUAAGGAAAAGGAAAAACUCAGAUUUAAAUCGCACACUCGCAGCGCUCGGGCCGACCGUGGCUGCGAUUAUUAUGCGCUGCGACGGUGUGUGUGUGCCCAUGAUGCCUGCCAAUGUGUUGCUUGCUGAGUGGCUGUGGUGGCUCCAUCUGACGGGGAAACGCUUCUGGAGCCGCCGUAAGGUUACUUAGAGACUUAGAAGGCGCGCGGGGACGCUUCGAGCCGUUUCUCGCUGUAUCGGUUGUGGCUAGUUGUGUGUCCACCCGCAGAAGGAGGAGCAAUUACACUACUGCUCGAUUUGUGUUGUUUUUUUUUCUCUUUGCGCGCACACCAUACAAUGUUGGUCGCUCCCCAUGUACGUGCCCAGGCUUUGAAGGUGUUUUUUUUUUCUUUUCUGCAAACUUUUGCAUCACCAGAAACUUCGAAAAGCUCAAACCAACAGCUACGAAUGGCACGUGUUGCAUGAAUGGUUUCUUUUUUAUCUCUCUCCCUCUGUCUCUCUUUCUCUCUCUCCUUUUAUAUCUCCCUUUGUCAGUCUUUUAUGCUCUCUCUCUCUGUCUCUCUCCUUUUAUAUCUCCCUUUGUCAGUCCUUUAUGCUCUCUCUCUCUCUGUCUCUGUCUCUCUCCCAAGUUGGUCAGUGAUGAUAGUACACCACUUCAAAGCUUACCGCUACCCUCCCCGCUUCAAAUGAUUCAGCGGAGCGAAUCCCCUUUUCCACCAGUGGAAAACGAAUUCCAACAUCGGCGGGUGGCAAAGCCCCCCCCCCCCUCCCUUGCCCUAGAAAAAGAAGAAGAAGAAGAAGGAAAAAAAACGCCAAGACACGGCAGGGAUGGACGCGUAACGCGAAGAAGAUAAUGUACCGUUUGCUGUGUGGGGCUCAGUCUGUGUCUAUGUGUGUGUGUGUGUGUGUGCAAUUCGUAACGUAUCAAAUUUUUCACCCGUUGUUUUUCCCCCUCCCCUCCAGCUCCCACCUCCCCGCAGCACCUCCCUUUAGCAGUGCAGUGCUUUCGUCCGUCCCUCGGGGUUGAGUUGAAAGUUUUCUCGCUCUUUUCCUCUGGUGGUUGUUUUUCUUUACCCACUACCCCUUUUGCCUUCAGAGACAGGAGGUGUGGAGGGAGUAGUCUAUAUCCCCACCCCCCCUCCCCAUCCACCGUUCGUGCUGCCUUUAUUUUCUUUCCAACCACUGUUUUGAGCGCACAACGCGGCAGAGCUUUUGAAUGUUUUUCGAUUGAUUUGGUUGCUGUUGCUACUGCUGUUCCCUUUCUUCUCUCUCUCUCUCACUUUUCCCCUACUCUCCAGUUUUUUUGUUUUGUGAUUUGAUUUUCCAUCUUAUUUUCCUGUUGCUUUCGCUUUUGCCUCUUUAUUCGCUAUCGAGACGGGCGAACGCGGAAGGGUGGAUACAAAGUUACUCCAGCCAACCAGGUGCUGGGCUGCUGUUGGGUGCAUAAGUUUGUUUCAAGUUUUUUUUUUUUGCUUGCUUGGUUUCGUUUCAUUUUUCAAACGGACUUUUCCGUAGCGAUUUUGUGCUAUUUCAGAUGUGCUUUUUUCCCUUUCGUAGUUUUUUUUUGUUGCUUGUUGGUUCAAAGUAGCGCCACCGAAUUGAUGAUGAUUCCAUUUGUCUCGGUUUCGGGUGUUUUUUGUUCGUAUCUUAUCUUCUUCCCAUGUGACGAUUGAAUAUUACUGUGGCCAAAAAAAUAAUAAAAAAAAAGCGUCACGAUUGGAAUCCGGAAGCAGUUAAAGUAGGAGAUGGAGGGCAGGUAAACUGAAACCAAAACAAUUACAAACCAAUUGGAAGCAAUGUGUGAAAGCAAGAAGAAGCAACUAAACAAAACAAAACAAAAGUUAAUCAAAGAAAGUUGUGUACGUUAAGCAAGAAAAGGGUGUAAAACGUAUGUAAACAUGGCGUACAGAAACAAACAAACAAAGCAAAACAAUUGUGCCGAUGGGUGGAAAAAAAACAAAGAAAACAGAAAAAAACAGCAACAACAAUAUCGUUCUUAAGAAUAUAAACGUGAAAACGCUUAUAGGCCAACUCUUACAAUGCGCACUAAACUAGUUAGAGAAGAAGAGAAGAAGUAGCGUUGGUUGCAACCGAACCUACCAAUGAAGGUACCAAGACAGGUGGAGAAGGAGGUGCGACAUCUCACGGCAAGACCGUGACGAGUCACACACACACACACACUCUCGUUAACACUCGCGGGCAGAAUGUUCCGGCUUCGGGUUUGGCACUUUUUAGCAGACAAAUCGAAGCACUCUUGCAUCCAUACCUACACAAGCUAGAUUAACGAAAUAUUGACCCCCCACUCCCCCGCUCCCCCCCCCCCCCCCCUCUUAAUAUGUAAGAAAACAGCACACACAAAUAAUAAUGUAAAACAGAAGAAGGGGAAAAAGCAUGGAAGCAGCAUUGUAAAAAAAAGUCAUAUAGAUCAAGUAGUGAAAAACAGUAGAAACUGGGAGAGGGGGGAGCACAUUAAUAGAGUAGAGAAUCGAAACAAAUGCACAUGCAUACACGGACACAAAGAUGAAACAUCAGGAACAAAUACUCUCUUUAUACAAGAAAAAAAAAGAUAGGGAACAGGGGGAGAGGAAAAAAGCAAAAGCAAAAGCAGCAGUAAAUAGUAACACAGCAGCAAGAAAAAUGCAUUCGCAAUCGAGAAGUGGCCUCUUUCCUAACGAAACAAACAUCCACGGGAUCAGCACGGUGGAGAGGGUUGGGAAAGCAACAAACAAAGCUGUUACGACUAAAUCGAACGGAAAUCGUUUUAAAACGUGGUUCAACCGUGGUUAAACAGUCAUACCAAGUACUAUAAACUAUGUAGGAACAUGCAAAACAAACAAAAACAAAAAAAAAGGAUAUAGGAAAGCAAACAAACAAACCCAGAACAAAAAAGCAAAAAACGUAAGAAAGAGAGAGAAUGAAAGAGAGAAAAAAGAAAAUAUGCAAAAGAGAAGAAAACAACAACAACAAAAAAAACAUCAACAAAAUUAUAACGGGGAGGGAAGAUAAGAAAUGAAAGUAAACAAAAACUGUGAUAUUAGCCGUUAAGCAGAAGCAGCAAGUGACUCUUAACACUGUGCAUUCUCAUCGUAGCAGGCGAGAUGGAAAAUAAAAGUGCAUACAAUACAAUGAAAGACACUGCUCGGCGGGGGGGGGGGGGGGGGGGGGUGGAAAGAGAAGACCGAUAACCGAAAAACGAGCCGAAGAAUGCAACGUUUGGCAUAAUGGAAUAAAGGACCAUAAAACGGUGUGCGUGUAUCGAGCGGGUGAAGUAACGCAGUAUGCAAAUGUGUGUGCGGGGUCAUCUCUCCCCCUCUUCACCCUCCCAAAAAAAGCAAGACAGUGUGAACACUUACUGCAUAGCGUUAAAUAAAAACAUACAAAAAAAAAUAAGAAAAAAACGUCACUUAUAAUAUACAAAACAGAAACUGGCAAAGAAAAUGUGCUGAAAAUGUGAAAGAAGAGCAGAUGGCGACAGUUGAUAACACAACAAACGCAUAAUAAAUAAGAAGGAAAGGGAAGGAAGGGGUAGAGAAAAAAGAAAACGGAUAAAAUCAAAACAAAAAAUGAAAAGAUACUAUUAACUAAACAAGCAAACAACACGAAACACACAUGAACGAAGCGGUUUGCGAGAGGGAAGCAAGUAGGUAGGACGGACGAGGAAGUGCGCGCGUGUAUGAGCAAAAGCAAAUUGCAUUUGGGUGUAAGCAGGGUGGAGGAAAGCUAGAUAAGAGCAAAACCAAUCCUAAUUGCGUGAGAAAAAAAAAACAAACAAACAAAAAACACACACAAAUGGGAAAAGAAAAUCCCUUCUAAAUCGUGGCUUUCCUUCCUUGCUUCUCUCUCUCUCUGAACACCGCGCACAAGCGUCACAGACGUUUGUAUUUAACCGUAGGGACGAUUGUUUUUCCUCCGUUUUUUCCCCCUCCCCUUAACCCGGGAAGUAGAGCAUUCAUCCAUAAAGUGUAUAAACUCCUUUGACUUAUUAUUAUAAUGAAAUAGAAGAAAAUGAAAAAAAAAAAACAUAUUAAAAACAAAA